CAACUGUCAUUUAAUAUCAAAAACUGUCACUAAUACCGUCUCCGGCCAUCGAGGUCCUACAAGCCCUCCAUCCCUGCCCCUGGUUCUACUCUGCACUCCGACUUCGGAUGAACUCCAAGUGCCAUCAUCUCUUAAUGGAAACUUUUACCCCGUCAGAUCAACCCAAGGAAAAGGAGCUCAGGAGACUCUUAGACGUCGUGAAAUGUUUGUAUAGACCUAGAGACUCGGAGUUAGAGACGUUGGCGGUGCAUCAAGCACUCCUUUGCCCGCGGGUGCGAGAUGUCCUGCACGAUACCUACAACCAGGCAUUGUUCGUAAGACUGCCGGUGGAAGUCCAGGUUAUGAUCGCCCGAUUUACAGGUCCCGUUUGGUACUUGACCGUUCUUGCAGAAAUUCGUCCGCUGUUCGAGGAGGUGAGGCGUGCUCCUCCCCAUCCUCGACAUCUAAGUUUGACACACCCGGCUUAUGUGACUCGUCUCGAGUACCAAGGACACUCUUACCUAUCCGGGAUACGCGGCAAGGGGUCUAGAUAACGGAUCAAUAAUCGGCUGCAACGCAUUAAUUUACCGCGUCGGGUCGAGAAAGUAGUCACUAGUCAUCUCCGCCGAUCAUGUUGGUGUGCGAGGGGUGCAAUUCCUGGACCGGACUUCGACACCUACUCUCGACGGAUCAC